GCUGAGCAGCACACAUGGGCUGAGAGCGUCGAGCUGGAGCAUGGAGAGGCGCGCAGCGGGGCCGCGGUGAUCUCCUCACCGACUCAGUGACGGUUCGCGGCUUGUUUUGUUUCUGGGGGGAAGAUCAGACCAGGACCUGGACAUCAUCAUCAUCAUCAUUAUAAUCAUGCUGCCUUGAACCCUCGAACCAGCGUCUGGUCUCGAACCGCCUCCUCCUCCUCCUGCUUCCCUCCUCCCCUCUCUUCUUUUCUCUUUUCUACGGCGCUUUUCUGAAGAGCGGUUGCUACUCAGUCUCGGUCUUCUCGCGGAGAUGAGCGCGCUGCUGCAAGUUCCUCCGCUCACCAUCAUGUAAGUUAAGGGGGAAGGUCGAUUGAUGUGGCGGGCCAAAGACGAAGGAGCUCGGGGAGCAAAUCGAGGAGCCUCGGCCAAAAGCGAACGCUGCGAAUCGGAUUUGAAAACGGAGGUCCCGCUCAGACUCCAGCCCCCUGAUCUGGACCUGGAUCUCGGAAUGGUGGCUCGGAGCACAGAUAAUCUGGACAGUUCCGGGGAGCCCGCCACCCGCUCAGUUGGCACCACUGCCAACUUGAAGGGGAAAAUGAGCAAGAGGCUGUCUGUUGUCAAAGGCCACUUCCCAAAGCUUGUAGACUGUGCCCACUUUCACUAUGAGAAUGUGGACUUUGGUUCCAUUGAGCUGCAGUUUGCUAGCGAGCAGAGCGAUGCUAGCUGGAGCUCAGCCAGUGCCAAAGACCUGGUCUUCCUUGUGCAGGUCUCCUGCCAGGGUAAGAUGUGGAUGGUGCGCCGCUCGUAUGAAGAGUUCCGGACACUGGAUGCUCAUCUGCACCAGUGCAUCUAUGACCGGCGUUACUCCCAGCUACUGCCUCUGCCUGCACUCGCUGAGAUCGGGGACAGAGUGGAGAUCUUCACCCCUAUGCUCUCUGAGUACCUGAACCGUCUCUCCAUGAUCGUGGACAGUAAGCUGAACUGUGGGCCUGUGCUCACCUGGAUGGAGAUUGACAAUCAUGGCAACCGGUUUCUGCUGAAAGAAGAGGCAUCUUUAAAUGUCCCUGCGAUCGCGGCAGCUCAUGUGAUCAAGCGAUACACUGCCCAAGCCAGCGACGAGAUCUCCAUUGAGGUUGGCGAUAUUUUGUCUGUGAUUGAUAUGCCACCUAAAGAGGAGACCACCUGGUGGAGAGGAAAGCAUGGUUUCCAGGUUGGUUUCUUCCCCAGUGAGUGUGUAGAGCUGAUCAGUGAGAAGAUACCCCAGUCUGUAAGUGGUCCUACCACUAAACUAGAGGGAGAUCCGGUCAGCUCCAAGCCUGGCAUCGCCAGUGCACCUGGACCGCCUUCUCCCACUUCAGUGUCCAAGAAACACGGCAAGCUGAUGGGCUUCCUGCGCACCUUUAUGAAGUCCAGACCCAGCAAGCAGAAACUGAAGCAGAGGGGCAUCCUGAAGGAACGAGUUUUUGGCUGCGACCUGGGAGAACAUCUCCUCAACUCCGGGCAAGAUGUUCCCCAGGUAUUAAUGAGCUGCUCUGAGUUCAUAGAGAAGCACGGCGUUGUGGACGGCAUCUACAGACAUUCUGGAAUUUCCUCCAACAUCCAGAAGCUCAGGCACGAGUUUGACAGCGAGAAUGUUCCGGACCUGACUAAAGACAUGUACAUGCAGGACAUUCACUGUGUAGGCUCUCUCUGCAAGCUGUACUUCAGAGAGCUGCCCAAUCCACUCCUCACGUACCAGCUCUAUGACAAGUUUGCUGAUUGUAUGGGGGAGAUGACUGAGGACGAGCGCAUGGUGAAAGUGCAUGAUGUCAUCCAGCAGCUACCUCCUCCCCACUACAGGACACUGGAGUACCUCAUAAGACACCUAGCCCUGCUAGCCACCAAGAGUGAGAAGACCAACAUGCAUGUUAAAAAUUUGGCCAUCGUCUGGGCUCCAAACCUGCUCAGGUCUAAGGAGAUCGAGGCAGUGGGGCUCAGUGGAGCUGACCCAUUUAAGGAGGUGCGUAUCCAGUCUGUGGUGGUGGAGUUCCUGCUCACCAAUGUGGAUGUGUUGUUCAGCGACUCCUUCACGUCAGUGGGCCGUUUCAGCGCAGCUCGCCAGUCCCUGACCAGACCUAAGUCCUUCGUGUCCACUCGGCUGCUGUCUCUGGAGGAGGCUCGGGCCCGCUCCCAGGCCCCUCUGCUCCUGCAGGGAUCUCCUCAUCCCCUCCAGGAUCGGUUCCACACAGUGUUGGACCUUCCUGGUGACAGGAGGAAAAGAGGCCUGAAGGUGCGGAAGGCAGCUGGAGGGAGCUGGAAGACAUUUUUUGCGAUUGGGAAGCCUGCAGGCUCAGGCCGCCGUAAGCCCAUACGGAUCAGCUCCUUAUUCCAGCCUGCAACCUCUCACGCAGGUUGCAGGGUGGACAGUGUGACUCUGAGGUCAGCUAAGAGUGAAGAGUCUCUGUCUUCUCAGCACAGUGGAGCAGGUCAGGGGAAGCUACAGCGCUUGCGAAGGCCUCGCUCCAGCAGUGAUGGCCUCUCUCUGGCCGCCUCCAUGGACCCUCAGCUCCUACCCCAGCCCCCUCCAGCUCAGAUCCCACCCAGUCGCUCAUACGACAGCCUGCUGCCUGAGGAGGCCCGAGACGCAGAUGAGGAAGAGGAUGAGGAAGAUGAUGAGGAGGGGGUAUACAUGCUGCCCGAUUUCUCGCAGGACCCCACCGCCUCCUGGAUGGCCGAGGACGUCAUUGACUUUAGCCCCACCUUCCCGGAUGACGGGCCAAUCGGGAUUGGAGGCAGUGCCGUCGCCCCUGGAGGCAGGGAGUCUCCACCCGCAGCUACGCCCCCUCCCUACCGCUGCCUGAGCCACCAGGGACAUGCCCGCUCUGGAAGUCAGCGGUCAAUCACGGAGGACCCAGACUCUGUGCUCAAUCAGUCAGAAGUUGCAGCCCGCAGGAGUCUGAUAUUGGCUGCUGCUGCCCCGCCCCAGCAGGUGUUCUGCCAGCACAGGCCCUCCGCUGCCUCUAACCCUGCCACUAGCACCACCCAGCAAGGAGAGGCCAACCUAAGCCCCUCCCACAGUCAGCUUCCAGCUCCAGCAACCUCCACCCCAUCCUCGCAGCCUCCACAGGAGAAGCGCUCCUUUACAAAGAAGGUGGUACAUGCGCUGUCUCCUAAAGCACCAAAGUCGCCUCCUCUGGAUAUAUCUGACCCCAUCGCCAUCAGCGUGCCUGCCAAGGUGCUGGAAAUGAUUGGCGGGCGAGCUGGCGAAUUGCAGCCUGGGACUCCAGGUGGCGGACCUUCCCAGCCACCUCAAAUGAUAUCCAUGCUGCUGAGAUCAUGUGACUUCCAACUCACAGAGAGUUGCCAACAGGAGCUAAGCAGCAAGCUGGGCCACGAGGCCAAGAUCAAGGGCCCCAGCAUUAUUGGUCCCACUGGUGCCCCCCUGCCCUCGCAGCAGCCUCCUCCCCCUCCUCCGAAAAACCCAGCGCGUCUCAUGGCCUUGGCCCUGACGGAGAGUGCCAACAAAGCUCUCCGGCAGGGUGCUUCUCCUCCCUACCGGCCCCGCCAGACCCCUCCGGAGACCGACACCCGCUUCCAGCGGUCCCUCUCCGCAGACGCAGGGGCACUGCUAUCCUCGGACCCUGACCAGCUAUACUCCACGGUGCGCCCCCUGUCUGUGUGGAUGACUGAGGGUGAGGGUGAAGAUGGUCCUGCUGAGAAGGCUCCAGACAGAUCACAUGAGGAGGAGCCAAGGUCACCCCCAGCCCAGGACACAGGAACUCUCUCCUCUGAUGCCUCAGUUUCUGAUUCUGGAGCAUCCAACUCUGAGCUGUCUGCAGGCAGCUCUUCUGGGGACAAUGAGAAAACCCCGAGCCCCAUCUAUAAGAAUCAGCAGCAGCUUCCUCAACCACCAACAGAGCCUUCUAAAUCAAGCCCCCCCUCUGCCAGUGAGGCUCCCCCACAGAGGAAACCCCCAGCCUACGGCCGCCAGUUCUCCGCUCCACACCUCCAGCAACAGAAGUCCAGUACUCAGUCCAUGUCCCCUGCCCAAUCCCACUCCCAGCUCCUGCACUCCAAAUCAGAGAGCUCGCCCUUGGCACAGGUACAUGCCUUCCAGCCCACACGGCCCAAAGUACCCCCUAAACCAUUGGAUCUUGCCCCACAAAGAGCUCCGCUUUCCAAGACCGACCGGCAGGACUUUACACGCCGCUCCCUGGAUGCUGGACGCAUCCGCCGCAUGGUGGGUCCAGCUCAGGGCAACCCACCACUUUCCAGAGCCUUUUCAGAGCGCAUUAGUAGUACAUCAGAUGCACUGUCUCGCUACCAUGCAGCAAGAAUGGCCAGCCAGGCGGCCCAGGCUGCGCAGGCUGUACAACCUCCCACACAGCAGCAAGGCCAGUUACCUCUUGUCCGACCAGCAUUCUCAUCUUCUGAAGACCCAUCCAAAAUGGAGAACUUCUACUAUGAGAUUGGUGCCCCUGAGCAUCCUCAGGGCCCACCUAGCUACUCCCAGCACAGCUACCAGAACAUGAGGCUGGAUCUAGAGGGUAACUACCGUCUUUCAGACCCGGCCAACCAGAGACCCCUGUCCAGGAGUCACCCUCCACCCCAGUACUCACAGGUGCCUGCAUCCACCAGGACUCCUCAGCUUUGGUCCUCUGAGGCCACCCGUGCCUGGGCUGCAGCCCACUCACACUCCUUCUCCUUUUCUCACUCCCAUUCUCAUCGUCAUCCCCAAGACCAUCCGCCAGGUCAUCGCCACCCUCGGCUCCAGCGCCAAACAUCCUCCUCUGUCAAGCUGGUUCGUAGUGAAAUGCACCCCAUCCCCGCCUCUGCUGGCUUACCAUCCUCCGGUGGUCUGGUUCCCCUGUCCGUGCAUCAACGCAACCUGCACUGUCCACAGCGUUCACCCUCAUCCGACCUCACUGCCUCCCAGCUGCACCCGUACUUUGAAAACGGUAAAGUGUGCUAUCGGUACUUUGAGUCCUCCAGGCCAGAGGAGGCACUGCUGAGCUACCAUCAGCCUGCCGCGUCAAAGUCGCCCCAGGCUCAGUCAUCCCAGGCUUCCCCACUACAAGCACAUAAACCUCCCUCAAAAGAGCAGUCAGAGCCCAUCUAUGUGAACUACCCUUUCACCAGCCCUCCAGGAGCUGGAGUGAAUGCUAAGACCUGGGCCACCACUGAUCUUGAUGGAGAUGCACAUCAAGAGGCUGAACCUCUUGCCCCCCCUCCUGAGCCACCGCCAGAGGAUGAGCAGCAGCCCUCACACCAGACUACAGAGCUGGAGAGUCCCACAACUAGCUUUGAAAGCCCUGCACAAAAUGAUGCUGCCUCAGAUUCAAGAGCACUGGAGAUGCCCACCGAGAUCAGCAUGGCGCACUUCCGCAGCCGCUCGGACCCUCAGACAUCCAGUUCGGAGCCUAGACAGGCUUUGACAGGAAAGGACAUUGCCUCCUUGUUGAUUGAGAAGCUGGCAGAGGAUGAAAGAGAGGGCCCAAGCCUGGCCACAUCAUCCUCUGCAUCUUCCUCACCCCACAUCGAGUACCCCCCUAACCCUUACCCCAGUCAGCAGCAGCAGCAGCGCCUUCCACCUGCCUACAAUGUGUACACUCCUGGACCAUCUCGGAGUCAUUUUGAGGGCACAGCACGGGAAGCCUCAGGUGCUUUCCAACGGCAGGACCCCUUGCGCCGAUCUUCCGGCAGCCAGUACCGGCAAGUCUUUGAUGUCAUGCCGUCUGGUGACCAAGUCCUUAAGUUCUACAGAAGUCAAGACUUUAUCCCAGCCCCCCAGGGAGACAGCACAACCCCUAACCCUUACCCCCCAAGACCUCAUUACCAGGACCCUCCGUACCCUAGUCGAAGCCCCCAGGCUCACCCAGGCACACCACACACCUCUACUUCUCCCUCGGCAGCCUUCUCAAACUUGGCACUAAGCACACCAAGAGGAUACGGGCCCCAAAUGGCUGUCAAUCCAUAUAACCAGUACCCCUACCAGGCAGGUCCGGUGCUUCCCCACUACCCCAGUGCCCCACAAAGGGACAUGAUCUUGGAUCCCGCUCUUCGACCUGCAGCGCUCCGCGGCCAGCGGGGCAUAAACCGGCAGGGCAGUCUGCCCGGUCCCAACUGGACCAUCCACACAGAGGGCCAGACCCGCAGCUACUGCUGAAGCACAACUGACCACCUUGUUAAGACUGAGUGUGAGAUCUGAUGAAUGUCCUAAUAUAACCCCACUGCUGUACCAGUGAGAGAAACUGGGAGAGACAGACAGACAGAAACAAGAUGGAGGUGCAAGAAGGGAAAGUUAAAGAAUCAAAGAAGUGAACCGUAAAGUGGCUUAGAUAUGUAAACAUUCCAGUAGACACUGUGCUGUCCAGCAGAGGGCAUAAGAGAAUUGUAUGGCUGCUGUCCCUCUGAAGGGAGUAUCAGGUAUUCGCAUAGUGGUGGUGUUUUUCUGCUUUAGGUACUUUCUGGGUUUAAGUUACUUUAUUACAAGCACACUAGAUAACAGGACAGAGAGAGCUGUACUUGGAAAUAAGCUUAGUUGAUUUUUUCCCUUUUCCUUUCUUUUGGGGAGGGUCUGGGUAAAGUCUGACUAUAACCUUGUGCUGCUGGUGGUUUUUAAAGAAGCGAUCUGUUCUAUUUUGUCUCAACGUUUCUGCUGUUUGUAGCAGCCAGACAUUUUUGUUUUUAUUGCUUUUUCAUUUUUUUAAGUUAACUUAAGUUUUCACUGCAAAGAAAGCAUGUAAAAUAGUUUUUUUUGUUUUGUUUUGUUUCAGGUAUUGUGAAGAAUAGGACUGUAAUUUUAGUUUUUAUUCACUGGUGUGUAUGAGAGAGUGAGUGAAAGAGAAUGCCUUUUCAUUUUUGUAUGAGUGCUUCUGUCUCAUUAGUCUAUACUCCUGUUCAAAAGUACACAAAAAGAAAGAGAAGGAAAACACUGCCAUUAGUGUGUAUGUGUGCGUCUGUCCAUAUUUAUGCAAGGUACAGCACUGUAUGUUUGGUUCUAAGUAGAGCAUGUGGGGAUCUCAAUAGCUAAACUAUGCCCGUAAUUGUUGUGCUGAUUCUUAAACGUUGCAUCAGUCAGUUGAAAACUAUGGAUAUAGAAUAGGAAAAUAAUACGGACAUAGGUUAGGAUUUUUUGCUUUGACCAGUGCCCUUUAUGUGCGGCAUUGGACACCUGUAGAACCUGUCAUUUUUCAGAGUCUGAAGAAUUGUUGACAAUGUGAAUCCAAUCUAAUCCCUUUAGGUAAGGCAAAGCUCUGUCUGCGUUCACAAGUCCCACAUAACAGUCACCACUACAGCACAGUGUACACUACAUCAGAGGUGGCCAACUCCUGGUUCCUGGAGAGCAAACUUUUUGGUCCUUUAAUUUAGCUCCAAAACUAAAACAUCUGAGAUCAAACCGCUCUGAAUCUUCGGUGUCUAUAGUGGAGCCAUGUCUGGUGGAUUAGGGUUGGAAAUAAGCUCUGAUGAAGGGUAGAUCUCCAUGGGCAGGAAUUUUGAAGGGAAUCUUGGGUUCCACGAAUAAGGGUUGCACAAUAUGUUAAUCUAUUAAUUGUCACAAUACUGGCCUUUGCAAUACUUGCAUUACAAACCACUAAACAAUCACUAAAUGCUUUAUGUGCUGUAAGCACCCUAACCCUCACAGAUGGUACAGAUGAGUCUUCAAUCAAGGUAUUCAGAUGAUCCAUCAAAUUUGUGGUUAAAAUAAUGGAGGCCUGUUUUUAUCCAAACCAUGAUGUAAUUGUGAUAUUGAAUUUAGCCUAUAUUUUGCAUGCCUAGUCAUUACAUGUCAUAGGUCAAUGCAAUGAAAAUGAAAACAUUUCGUUUGGAGAAGUGAAGCCCCUGGGGAUUUACAUUUAAGAGUUUAUUGCCAAGCCUAAACAUUCGUCAUGCUGCACCUUCAGAUGUUGCUGAAGACUUUAUUUCAAUGGAUUGGGUGCAUUAGAUUUGGGUAGUGCUUAAAUUCUAUCAAAAGCCGGAUCUCCUGGUUGCGCAUCCCUUAAGGUGUAACAGGGUUGACACCUGUAGGAAUAUUCAUAGUAACUGAUGCCUUUGCUUGAGCACUUGUUCAGUAACAUGUUGAGGCAUGAACAUUACCUCAUGAGUCAGUGUUAGUACAGAUACUGAGCCUUUCAUUGCUUUACUCUCAUAGCAUGCCCUGUCCUUAAAGGAAUACUCCAAUGCUUCUUAAUCUAAUUUCCGUCCUCCACGUCUGUAGCGCACAGUCAAUUACUACGUAAAAAAACAACCCGUUGGCUUAAAGCACAGUUGAAUUUAGAAUCUUUCUGUGCUUGGUGUCAUGCCCAUAUUAGGGACUCCAGGUCUAAGCUGGUUUUCUCUAUGACAAAAACAAAUGACGUUGUAGAAAUUCACUGCUAUCGUUCCUGUUGUAAACUAAAAUGUUUCAGAGCCGAUAUAUUUUACUGUACAUGUUUUUUUUCCGCCAAGCUAGAAGGUCCCUCUGAAUUCGGAGUCAUUAAGGAGCCGAAAUACGGCUAUUGCUACCUGCUAACACUGCUGAGUGCUGAAUUGACAUCUGAAUACUGGCAGUGUUGCCAAAAUACCUCACACAAACCAGUAAGCUUUGGAAAAAAGUGCUGGUUUAGUUGCUUUGACAGACAUAGGCAACAGUUUGAGUAGGCAAUGUUAAUGUGUGACAGUGUUAAAGUUUAAUGGUAGACUUUCUUUCAUGUAACGUUUUUUCAGUGCGCAGUGUUCGGUUGCUUGUAGCGUUAUUCCUAUUUUGACUACUAAAUGACCCCGUAAUUUAGACGAUCUAGUGACACUAAGAAGGGAAAACAAAAACAUCAUUGGUGGAACAUUUUUGUUUAUUACGAGGUGUAACAUUUUGAAAAUGCUAUUUAUCUUUCUCACAGAGAAAACUUCCUUCGACUCCAUUCCUUAUAUGGGCAUGACACCAACUACAGAAAGGCCUGUUAUAAGUGAGUUUCGAGGUAUCCUUUUUUUUAAGCACAAGGAAAUGUGUUAAAAUGAUUGCGGUAAUCAAAGGGGCAUUACAGAUGUGGCAGAUGGAGAUUGGGUUGAAAAAUGCUGGUGUCUUUCUCUAAGCAGUUGGCUCUGCUUUCCACUGCACAUUUUUUCAUCUGCUUUUCAAUAGUAAGCUACUUUUGCUGACAAGUUUUGAAGGUACAAGGUUUAGCAUGAGGUGUGUGUGUGUGUGUUUUUAUGUGUGUGUGUGUGUGUGUGUGUAUGAGAGAGUGAAUGUAUCUGUGUGUGUAUGUCAGAGCUUUGUCUUUUUUAUCCAUAACUAUGCAGUGAAUAAGUACAAGGGAAGAAUUUCCUACAACAUGGUAACACUCCUCCAAAUGGUAAUACUACCUAUGUAUUUCAACAGACUGUGUGGGUGCGUCUGGGUUUGUGUGCUUUAAACCUAAUCUUCCUGUCCAAUGGUCACUCUUUCUGCCUUGUAGCACUUUGCAAAAGGCAAUUCAUCAUAUUUUGUAAUAUUUACCAAUGUGUGAAUUAAAAACUUGAUGGUUGCAUCAGUCAUAAA